CUUCUUCUUCUUCACGUGUCUCGGUUGUAAAGGAGAGAGACAGACAGAAAGAGAGGAGAGAGAAAGAGACGAUCGGAAAGAUCUGCAUAUUCCGACGUCGCCACCGUCUGUGUCCGGGAGAUUUGGAAAGAAAAUAUAUCAUUUUAUUCUCAGGGAAGGAAGGAGGUGUUGGCUUCCAUAUAUAUACAUCCCAAACUGAAUCAUUAAACAGAUAUGGGCGCAGAUGACGCCUCGAACCCAAAUCCCAAACCCGGUCAUGGCGGUGACGCCGCUACCAAUAUACAGACUCCAGUCAUAUUGAAUGUAUACGAUCUAACCCCGGCGAAUCAUUAUGCCGUUUGGUUCGGCUUUGGAAUCUUCCAUUCAGGCAUAGAAGUUCAUGGAAUGGAAUAUGGAUUUGGGGCACAUGAUUUUCCGAUAAGUGGUGUAUUUGAAGUAGAACCCAGAACCUGCCCUGGUUUCAUCUUUAGAACAUCCAUUCCUCUAGGUCAUAUAAACAUGUCUGCUUCAGAUUUUCGAGAUUUCAUUGAGAGAGUAGCAUCAGAAUAUCAUGGAGAUACUUACCACCUUAUCUACAAGAACUGCAAUCAUUUUACAGACGACAUGGCUAUGAGAUUGACAGCAAAAGGGAUUCCUGGAUGGGUUAACAGACUUGCUAAGCUAGGUUCUGUUUGUAGUUGCCUACUUCCAGAAAGUCUUCAAGUAACAACUGUGAAACAACUGCACGAAUAUCAUGCGUGUACAGAGGAGGAAGAUGGAUCGGAUACUUUGUCGGUUGCAAGUAAUUCUACAGAAAGCGAAGAAGAAGAAAAUCAUGACAAACAGCAGCUGAUUUCGUCUGCAAUAAUGGCAGGCUCGGAUGUGAAUUUUAUCAAAGAGGCAGAAAGUUGAGGUAAUGGAAUUAUUAAUCUAUGUCUAUGUUGUCUCUCAUUUAAUGUUGAAAACGUAGAAGUGUUGUAUUUAUGGCGAUGUGUAUUAAGAAGAUCUCGAGAUAGGAGUAUGUUGGCUUUGAUCAACGAGUGCAAAUAUGUUGUGCAUCCGUUAGAAUGAUUGCGAUAUUCAUUUUUUUUCCGAUUUUUGUUGUUGUUGUUAAUUGUACAAUGCCAAUGUUCUUGUUGUGUUGAUUCUUUCUUUUGGACCAUUAAUAUAUGAAAGGUUUCAUUUGAAAA